AUGAAGUCUUGCACAAAGUGCUCGAAGAAUAUUGCAUGUCUGAAAAGACCCAAAACAGGGGAUGCGCUCUGCAGAGAGUGUUUCUUCGACGCAUUCGAACAGGAAAUACACUGGACGAUCACAACUUUCAAUUUGUUCUCUCGCGGUGAUUAUGUGGCCAUCGCUGCAUCUGGCGGGAAAGAUUCCACGGUUCUGGCUCACCUCAUGAAAGUUUUGAACGAUCGCUACGACUACGGUCUCAAAUUGGUUCUCUUGUCAAUCGACGAGGGAAUCACCGGUUACAGGGAUGAUUCGCUCGAAACCGUAAAACGCAAUGAACUCCAGUACGGCAUACCCUUGAAAAUUCUAUCGUACAACGACCUAUACGGCUGGACGAUGGACAAAAUAGUUGCAGCAGUAGGCAAGAAGAGCAAUUGUACUUUCUGCGGAGUCUUCCGACGACAGGCUCUGGAUCGGGGUGCGAUGCAACUGGGAGUCGAUAAAAUAGUGACCGGCCACAAUGCGGACGACAUCGCCGAGACUGUGAUAAUGAACGUCCUGAGAGGCGACAUCGCUCGCCUGCAAAGGUGCACUUCAAUCGUCACCGGAUCCGAAGGACUGAUUCCUCGAUCCAAACCAUUCAAAUAUACGUACGAGAAGGAGAUCGUAAUGUACGCUCACUUCAAGAAACUCGAUUAUUUUUCGACCGAAUGCAUUUAUUCUCCCAAUGCGUACAGGGGUCAUGCACGAGCUUACAUAAAAAAUUUGGAGCUCCAAGAUCCUCUGUCGAUACUCAACAUAAUAUAUUCUGGAGAAUGUAUGAGUUUGCGCGAGGGAACGAAAUUGCCCUCCAAGGGAACCUGCUCGCGUUGUGGCUAUAUAUCGUCGCAGGAAGUGUGCAAAGCUUGCGUGAUGCUGGAGGGUUUGAACAAAGGGGUGCCCCGAUUGGGCGUCGGGAAAACUAGCAAAGUCAUCAAAAAAAUGGAGCAGCUCAAACUGUCGGAGGACAGUGAUCGAUCCCCUACGAAGCCGGUGGUGUCUCACAGCACAACUGAGGUUCCUUCGAGAAAAAGUUCCGUGUUACGGGAGACCACCUUGGAAUGGUGAUCCAAUAAAUCAGAUUGUGAUAUC